AUGGUCAUCUUUGGCGGGGUGUCAUCCAUUGAUAUCUUUACGAAUUCCGCCGCAACUAACGACGUUGAAGUUUGGGAUCUAGCAAGCAAACAAUGGUAUAGGCCUAGCAUAACCGCCGCUGCCGGAAGCACAAUACCUCUACCACAAAAAUUCGUGCCCUGCGUCGGAUUCCCAAAUACAGCUGGAAAAAUGUUCGUCCUAAUGGCUAAUACGACAGACCAGGCAAAUGUAGCAAAGAAUAUCGCAGUUUUGGAUUUAAUACAGGGGAAUUGGCAAGAGAUUACUACUUUAGUUGGUCAGUUGAGUUCGGUCUUACAUGCCAUGAGAAACGAUGAAAAUCAGUUGAUAGUGAUGGAUUCAAAUGUGAAAUUCAGUUUUUCUUCGAACUCUCACCCUCGCCUUCACUGUGUCUCCACUCUCAAAUCUAUUUACACUACUAAAUAUUAUAUUGAUACUGAUGGGUUUGUAUCCCCGCCACCAGACUUCCGCAUAGGUGUCACACUCACAGCUGUAAAUGACGUCCUAUAUCGAUACGCUGGACGAGCUGUUGAUUCACAAGGAAAUCAAGCACAGGCCAUUGAUAACUUGCUGUAUUCUUUGAACUCAAAAACUCUCCUCUGGACACCUCGUGCUAAUGGGCCACCGUUAGCAUAUCACACAGCUUGCUAUUUAUCAAAAUUCGACGUAAUUGCCGUCUUUGGUGGCCAAAGCACCGAUUUCCAAGCACAAGAUGUACUCAUUACCUACUCUGUCUCACAAGGAGUAUGGAAUCAAAUUGUUCAGCCAGUGUCAAAUAAACCAAGUGCUCGAUUAGGACAUACAGCAGUGUGCAAAGCAGAUCAAAUGAUUAUAUUUGGUGGUGGAAUUAUAUCGUCGAAUGGUACUAUACUAUCAGAUGAUUCAUUAUGGUUACUGACAGCAACAUCAGCAACUAGCUUUACUUGGUCGCAACCGGCAACAAAUGGAAUGAGUCCAGGUGCUCGCUUGGGACACUCGGCAGUUCUUUCGGAAAGUCUAAUGAUUGUGUUUGGAGGAAUAGGAAGCCCAGUAGUUGGUGAUACGACAGUAUACAUGCUAGACACCAUUACAUGGACAUGGAAUUUCGUCUCGUCGUCACCCAUGGAGACGCAAACCUCGGCGCCAAACACGUCGGUGUCAACCUCGAUACCAAAUCCGGGGGCGUCACCCUCGGAGGCGUCAUCACAUCCCUCGGCAUCAAAAAUAAUCACAGCUGCAGUUAGCGGAUUUAUUGGUUUUGUAUUUAUAGCAAUUGUAUUUUUCAUUGCCUAUUAUUAUUAUCAUAGACGGAAAAACCGCAAACUUCAAUCCGACAACGACGAAAUGAGCAAAAUCGACUCUACUCUUGAUGGCAACUCAAACGAUACGUCUCUCCCACCUCGAUAUCGAGAAGUCAUCCUCACUUCUCCAGUAACAGUGCAUUGA